AUGCACGAGCCAUACUUUGGUUUGACAAUUUAUUGCGGAACAUUUGAUGAAAAUGGCUUAGAAGAUGAAGGUUACCCGCCGACUAUGGAAGGCUUUAGCUUCGUAAACGUGCAUCCAGAAGAAUUAGUGCGUGGUGUUUACCUGUACUUUUGCCUGACGAAAGUAGCAGAGAUGAGACUACGCAAUGUCAAAGGGUACUUCGUCACCUCCGAUGAUCUGGUCUUCAAUUUUUGGCACGAUAUAAAGCUAGACACUGUCUAUCAUCCUUUAGGCAUAGUAAGGCGUGAAAAAAGAUUCUGGUACAACGGUUUCGCAGGUGAUUUCUGA